AUGUCUUCUCUCUUCUCCAAUGGCAAACCCAAUUUCUCUCUUGAGAUUCCCACCAUCAAGUUCACUAAACUCUUCAUCAAUGGACAAUUUGUUGAUUCUCUUUCAGGAAAAGAAUUUGAGACAAUAGAUCCUAGAAGUGGAGAGGUGAUAGCGAAAAUUGCAGAGGGAGAAAAAGAAGAUAUUGAUGUUGCUGUGAGAGCGGCACGUGUCGCUUUCGAUGAUGGUCCAUGGCCUAGAAUGCCCGGUGCGGAAAGAGCAAAAAUCCUACUGAAAUGGGCAGAUUUAAUUGAUCAAAACAUAGAAGAAAUAGCAGCAUUAGACACCAUAGAUGCCGGAAAAUUGUACAGUUUUUGCAAAGCUGUUGACAUACCUGGAGUAGCAGCCACAAUCCGUUACUACGCCGGUGCUGCUGAUAAAAUUCACGGCGAGGUUUUAAAACCCGCGCGCGAGUUGCAUGCAUAUACUUUGAUGGAACCUAUUGGCGUUGUCGGACACAUAAUUCCUUGGAAUUUUCCUAGUACCAUGUUUGUUGCUAAGGUUGCUCCUUCUUUGGCUGCUGGUUGUACUAUGGUUCUCAAACCUGCUGAACAGACACCUCUUUCUGCUUUGUUUUAUGCUCAUCUUGCGAAAGAGGCUGGAAUUCCGGAUGGAGUACUCAAUGUAGUACCUGGAUUCGGUGCAACUGCGGGAGCUGCGAUAAGCUCACACAUGGACAUUGAUAAGGUUAGUUUUACUGGUUCGACAGAAGUAGGACGCGAAAUAAUGGUAUCUGCGGCUAGAAGUAAUUUGAAACCAGUUUCAUUAGAGUUAGGAGGAAAGUCACCUCUGUUGAUUUUUGAUGAUGCUGAUGUUGAUAAGGCUGCUGAACUUGCUCUCAUUGGCAUCCUAUUUAAUAAGGGAGAAAUUUGUGUUGCCAGUUCACGUGUGUAUGUUCAAGAAGGAAUCUAUGAUGAAUUUGAGAAGAAGUUGGUGGAGAAAGCAAAAGCUUGGAUUGUUGGUGAUCCUUUUGAUCCUAAAGUUCAACAGGGGCCUCAGGUUGACAAAAAGCAAUUUGAAAAAAUUCUUUCCUAUAUUGAACAUGGAAAGAGAGAAGGUGCAACCCUUUUGACAGGUGGUAAAAAUAUUGGGAACAAAGGUUACUAUAUUGAGCCUACAAUUUUCUCUAAUGUUAAGGAGGACAUGCUUAUAGCACAAGAUGAAAUAUUUGGACCUGUCAUGGCACUAAUGAAAUUCAAGACUAUCGAGGAAGCGAUUAAAAGUGCGAACAAUACAAGAUAUGGUUUAGCAGCAGGAAUUGUGACAAAGAAUUUGGACACAGCAAACACUGUGUCGAGAUCGAUUCGUGCUGGAAUCAUUUGGAUUAAUUGUUACUUUGCAUUUGGAAAUGACAUUCCUUAUGGAGGUUACAAGAUGAGUGGAUUUGGAAGAGAUUUUGGGUUGGAAUCAUUGCAUAAGUAUUUACAAGUUAAAUCAGUUGUUACUCCCAUUUACAAUUCUCCUUGGCUUUGA